AUGACUACACCAACUAUGCAGAGUACGUCCUUGUUGACGGAACAUUUGGGUUAUCCACCAAUUUCUUUAGUUGACGACAUUAUCAAUGCCGUCAAUGAGAUUAUGUACAAGUGCACUAAUGCGAUGGAGAAGUAUUUAAUGCAAAGGAAUAUCAUUGGGAAGAAAGAUUUCUCUGACGAAAUUAAAAUAGGUACCGCCAAACUAGAAUCUUUGUUGGAAAACUCUGUGGAUAAGAACUUUGAUAAACUUGAGCUCUAUGUGUUAAGGAAUAUAUUAUCCAUACCCUCUGAUCUACUUGAAGAAAAUAGAUUUAGAUUACUACAUCACGAGAAGCUUGUAUUAACUGAUUCAGCUACUCGCGCUCAUACGGAUACAUCUAUUGAGCAGAAACUACAAGAAAUAGAAAGACAAUAUCAGUUGAAUGUUAUGUUGAGGGAUAGAAUUCAGAACACCAAGGAACUCCUUACGGAAGUGGUACAAUUCAAGAAAAAGGUGAUAGAUCUUCUACGAUGCGACGAUAACUUGACAACUGCGUUGCAUGAAUUAUGGGACGAUCUAAAACCUCUAGAUGUGGCUGUUAAGCUUAUUACAACAAGAUUAAAGCAGAUAUAUUUGGAGAAUGAGGAAUUCUAUUCGAUUGACCAAGUAAACAGACUGGUGAAAAGGUAUAAUGAAUUGAGAAAUACUUCAAUUGUGAGAAACGGCUACAUUGAUAAAAAAUCUCAACAUAUUUUAGAUGAAUUACACAUUAGUGUUAAUUCAACUCAGAACAAUGAAGAUUCUACAAAUACCUCUAUUCGAUCAUUGCAGGAAGAUGAUCCUGAAAUAGAACAUCCAGAUUGGUCAUCGAUGCAGAAGGUAAUAUAA